CCAAAGUCGCGGCCUUUGCAAGACGGACGUUACGAAGAGGCGGCUGAACAACUCUCUCUCACUCUCUCUCUCUCUCUCUCUUCAGGAUCGACCCAAUCGAUAGAUAUCUCAACACAGGACAAAGACCCAGAAGUCUUCUCCGCGUGAAUUUUGAUGGGUUGUCAUGGUUUUCCGUCCUAAGUUCUUGUUCUUCCUUUCCUCUGAUCUCCCCAGAUCAAGAGAUCCCCCAGGAUGUCGAAAAAUCGAGUCUUUCUGAUGAUCCUUCUCUUGGUCUGGAUCCCCUGUGGCCAAUCUUGGGCGUCCCUCGUUCGGGAACGUGGGAGACCCUCUCGACUUCUGCUGGAGGAGGAGACCAAAGCCAACGAGAGUUCUCCCGCACCCAGUCCGGGUUUGAGUUCGGGCUCGAAGAAACCGGACGCCGGAAGCUCCACGGAUCCGACUGUUGCUUCCGGCGGUGAGGGCAAGUGCUCGAUUCCAGAUGAGACGUGCCAAGCUGGCGAGAAUCUGACUGCUUGCCUGCAACAUCCUGAAAACGCUUCCAAGGGGACAUUUGUUCUUGUCCAGUAUGAUGCAGAGGAUCCUCUCAAAGUGGAGAUUCUUUGCUUACCUGCAAAAAGCAGCAGGGAGGUUCAACUAAGAAAACAGCAACAUGAAGUGGUCAAUUUCACAGAUGAUGUGGGAGUAUGUUCGUCCUUAAUGUUAAAAGCUGGAGAUGUGACUUGCAGCAUUCUUGUGGGAGUACCAGUGUCUGCAGGAAACUUUUUUCAACAAUUCCCUUAUGCCACCCGGGUCGCCCCCAUUCAUGGACUCUACCUUUUAUUGGGAUUGGUCAUUACAAUCGGAGGGGUGUGGGCAUGCUGCAAGUUCGGGAAACCAGAAAGACGGGUCGAUGGGAUUCCAUAUCAAGAGCUUGAAAUGGGCCAAGCAGAUUCAACUUCGGCCAAUGUUGUGGAAGCAGCAGAAGGUUGGGAUGAAAGUUGGGAUGAUGAUUGGGGUGAUGAGAUUAGGGAAGUUAAAUCACCUAGCCAAGGGCCAGAGGGUAAUGCAGCUGCUAAGGCAAAUGGAUUCCCAUCUCGGUCUUCUAAUAGAAUUGGCUGGGAAGACAACUGGAAUGAUUAGGAACUGGAUUGAACCUAUGGUCCCUUUAUAUUUCUUGGAAUUGGUGGAAAAAUUGAGAACCUCAAGAACAGAGGAAGAGAUUAUACAUGUAGAAAAUUAGGUAUAGCAUUGUGAAGAGGUAGGAAAUGUGCUGCCUUUUCUGUUUUGGGCUUUCCAGUACUUGUGAAUUUUUACUUUUUUCACAAUUUUGGCCCUUAAUGUUUACUUCUUGAGAAAUCAUUCGGGGGUAAGUUUUGGUUUGUAAUUUUUUUUUUUGCCUUUUCUCCUGUAAGUAACUGUCGACAGAAAUCUAAGUUACUUGAAGAUCUACAUGUUAUUAGUUUCUGUUC